CUAUGUUAUUUGUCUGUGUGCUUGGCAGGUUGACGUGUCGUGUGUUGCAGGUUGUGUUUGCGCAAGAAAUUUAUAUGUAAUUUGCCCGCUUUGGAUCUCUGUGAAUUACAUUUUUGCGAGCAUGUUAACAAAAUUUGAAACAAAGUCAGCUCGUGUGAAGGGACUGUCAUUUCAUCCUAAACGUCCAUGGGUUCUAUCAAGCUUACACAAUGGAGUGAUUCAGUUGUGGGACUACAGAAUGUGCACCCUGUUGGACAAGUUUGAUGAACAUGAUGGUCCAGUUCGGGGAAUCUGCUUCCAUAAUCAGCAACCACUCUUUGUGUCUGGGGGAGAUGAUUAUAAAAUCAAGGUGUGGAAUUAUAAACAGAGACGAUGUAUCUUCACAUUGCUUGGUCAUUUGGAUUACAUCCGAACCACAAUGUUUCAUCAUGAAUAUCCAUGGAUAUUGAGUGCAUCAGAUGACCAGACAAUCCGCAUCUGGAACUGGCAGAGUCGUACAUGCAUCUGUGUACUUACUGGGCAUAACCACUAUGUAAUGUGUGCCCAGUUUCAUCCUAGUGAUGAUAUUGUGGUGUCUGCCUCGCUUGAUCAGACCGUGCGAGUGUGGGACAUUUCAGGUAUAGCCAACAAUCUGGAAGGCCUUCGGAAGAAGAAUGUGGCACCAGGACCAGGAGGCUUGGAUGAGCAUCUCAAGAACCCGGGAGCAACAGACUUGUUUGGGCAAGCAGAUGCUGUUGUGAAACAUGUAUUAGAGGGCCAUGAUAGAGGGGUGAACUGGGCCUGCUUUCACCCAACCCUUCCUCUGAUUGUCUCAGGUGCAGAUGACAGGCAGAUAAAGCUGUGGAGAAUGAAUGAAGCAAAAGCUUGGGAAGUGGACACAUGCCGUGGGCACUAUAAUAAUGUUUCAUGUGUACUAUUUCAUCCCCGUCAAGAACUCAUUCUCUCCAACUCUGAAGACAAGAGCAUACGUGUGUGGGACAUGAGCAAACGCACUUGCCUGCACACAUUCAGAAGAGAACAUGAACGUUUCUGGGUAUUAGCUGCUCACCCAUCUCUGAAUCUGUUUGCUGCAGGCCAUGAUUCUGGCAUGAUUAUAUUCAAGUUGGAGAGGGAACGUCCAGCAUAUGCUGUCCAUGGAAACUUAUUGUAUUAUGUGAAAGAUCGAUUCCUCCGCAAACUAGAUUUUACCACAUCCAAGGAUACAGCUGUAAUGCAGCUUAGAGGUGGUGGCCGCACACCUGUGCACAGUAUGUCGUACAAUCCAGCAGAGAACUCUGUUUUAUUGUGUACAAGGACCAGUAAUGUGGAGAACAGCUCAUACGACCUGUAUGGCAUUCCCAAAGACUCAGACAGCCAAAAUCCUGAAUCUCCAGAAAGCAAGCGUUCCUCAGGCGUUACAGCCAUAUGGGUAGCAAGGAAUCGCUUUGCAGUUCUAGACCGCACGCAUUCGUUGAUGAUAAAAAAUCUGAAAAAUGAAGUGACUAAAAAAGUUCAGACUCCAAACUGUGAUGAAAUUUUCUAUGCUGGAACAGGAAUGCUACUGCUGAGAGAUUCAGAUGGAGUAACCUUGUUUGAUGUUCAACAGAAGAGAACUCUAGCACAGGUGAAGAUUGGCAAAUGUCGGUAUGUUGUGUGGUCAGCUGACAUGUCUCAUGUAGCUCUAUUAGCUAAACAUACUGUCAACAUCUGCAACCGUCGACUUGAAUCGCUCUGCUCAAUUCAUGAGAACACACGUGUGAAGUCAGGAGCUUGGGAUGAUAGUGGAGUUUUCAUUUACACUACAAGCAAUCACAUCAAAUAUGCCAUCUCCAAUGGAGAUCACGGAAUAAUCCGCACACUGGAUCUUCCAAUAUACAUCACACGUGUGAAGGGCAACCAGGUAUUCUGUCUGGACCGUGAGUGCAAGCCACGCAUUCUCAGCAUUGAUCCUACAGAAUUCAAGUUCAAAUUGGCACUCAUUAAUCGUAAAUAUGAUGAAGUGCUUCAUAUGGUACGUAAUGCUCGUCUGGUGGGACAGUCCAUUAUUGCGUACCUGCAGCAGAAGGGUUACCCAGAAGUAGCUUUGCAUUUUGUGAAGGAAGAAAAGACCCGUUUCAGUCUUGCUCUUGAAUGUGGCAACAUUGAAGUUGCUCUGGAAGCUGCGCGGGCCCUUGAUGACAAAGCCUGUUGGGAAAGGCUGGGACAGGCUGCCCUAAUGCAGGGAAAUCAUCAAGUUGUAGAAAUGUGCUACCAGCGAACAAAGAACUUUGACAAGCUUUCAUUCUUGUACCUAAUAACGGGGAAUUUGGAUAAGCUGCGCAAGAUGAUGAGGAUUGCAGAAAUAAGGAAGGACAUAUCCGGCCAAUAUCAGGGAGCCUUGUUCCUGGGUAAUGUGUCGGAAAGAGUAAAAAUUCUGGGGAAUUGUGACCAGCACUCACUAAGUUAUCUGACUGCAGAGGUGCAUGGACUUUCAGACCCACAGUCCACAGUGAAAGAGACUAACAUUCCACCUGUAAGACCAAAUGCCAAGCUUCUCAAACCCCCUGUACCAGUAAUGCAGGCAGAGACGAACUGGCCCCUUCUUACAGUAUCAAAGGGAUUCUUUGAGGGUGCAGCAAUGGCACGGGGGAAGAACAGUGCAGUGAGUACUGUACUGGUUCCAAAUCCUGUAGAGGACACCACCCCAGAAGGCUGGGGAGUUGAUGCUGAACUAGGACUGGAUGAAGAUGGUCUUGGUGCAGACGAGGAACGUGAACUUGGAUCUGCUGAACCAGAAGGUGGUGGUUGGGAUGUGGGAGAUGAGGAUCUGGUGCUGCCCCCUGAAUUGGAGAAUUCAGUUGUACCAGGGGCAGAUGAUGGUUACUUUGUUCCACCAACAAAGGGACUCUCUCAGCUGCAGGUGUGGGUGAACAACUCACAGCUACCUGUUGAUCAUAUCCUUGCUGGAUCAUUUGAGUCUGCGUUCAGGUUGCUUCAUGAACAAGUUGGUGUGGUGGAUUUCAGGCCAUACCGUACACUUUUUCUCAGUAUAUUUUCUAGUUCACGUACAUCAUACACAGCUCUCCCAUCCCUUUCACCACUAUAUUGCUACCCGCACCGCAACUGGAAGGAUGCAGGUCCUAAAGGUGGAAAACCAGCCAUUGGUCUCAAACUGGCAGACCUGGUUCAAAGGUUACAGGUUUGUUACCAGCUGACAACAGGUGGGAAGUUCAGUGAAGCUAUUGAGAAGUUACAUGCCCUGGUUCUGAGCAUUACGCUCCUGGUUGUAGAAACUCGUCAGGAAAUUACAGAGGCACAGCAGCUGCUUCAUAUCUGCAAAGAAUACAUUCUAGGACUGAAAAUGGAGACAGCAAGAAAGGAAUUGCCUAAAGCCACUUUAGAGGAUCAAAAACGCCUGUGUGAGAUGGCAGCUUAUUUUACACACUGCAACCUCCAGCCUGUACAUCAGAUCCUUACUCUCCGCACAGCAUUAAACCUUUUCUUCAAACUGAAGAAUUACAAGACUGCAGCAUCAUUUGCGCGGCGCUUGUUGGAACAAGGUCCUCGCCAGGAAGUGGCCCAGCAAGCUAGGAAAAUACUGCAGGCCUGUGAUAAGAAUCUUGUAGAUGAACAUCAACUGCAGUAUGAUGAGCACAACCCAUUUGCAAUUUGUGGGCGGACAUAUCGUCCCAUCUAUCGUGGGAAAGCAGAGGAGAAGUGCCCACUAUGUGGAGCAAGUUACAUGCCCCAAUUCAAGGGAACAGUGUGUGCAAUAUGUAUGGUAGCUGAAGUUGGUAAAGACACAGUUGGACUGCGCAUCAGCCCUCUUCAAUUUCGUUAAUCCUGUGUAAUCAUUAGUAUCUGUUGGUACUAUGGCAACACUGAUGGAGUCUUGACAACUGAAAAUACUCCAGAUUUGGUUUAUUUUAUACUUAAUGCAGAUUCAAAUUAAUUUCUAUGAAUUCAGCAAUGAAAAACAACCUGCUAAUGUUGUCAUGUAUGUAUGCACACAGUAUUGUUGUUCUGGUUGAGUUUUUGAUUAAAUUUGACAUUCUUGUAAGCCCUUACUGAAAUUUAAAUUAAAUAUACAUGCAGUAAAGUUGCAAGGUUAGACUAAUGUUAUAUGCUUGGACUUAUCAUGGAUAUCAACAGGGACAUUAGUAAUAAAAUAGCAGUGGACCCCAGA